AAACCAUUGUGUUAAUAUGACCAUAUAGAUAUGGUAAGACGAUAUGUAUAUGGUCUACCACUUUCAGUGACAUCAAUGCAUAGUGAUAUAUUCUGAUUUACAUAUGGACUUCUAACAUUAUAUGUAUAUUUAUAUAUUUUAUAGAUUUCCCCAUGAAUUUAUUACUAAUAUUAUUCAAAUACAUUAUACACCCACAACAAGAUUUCCUUUCUAUAUUCUCCAUAUGAUCCAAUCAUGUACAUAUGUAUUUGCAUGCAUUUUCAGGUGGCAAAUAUUGUUAUUCCAGAAUAAUAAUAAAAAUGUAACAUGCUUUAGGCAAUAGUGGGGCUUUUGGCAUUAACAGUAGGCAGAGUGGGAUUGGUUAUCAUGCAGUUGUGCUUUAUUUGUUGCCAGUAAGAAUAACACUAUUUGCCCCACUGUGAACAUGCAUGCACCUUUUUUAUAUACUGUAUUUAAAGGGAAACUCGUGUGAAAGUCAAAUCAAGAUAAUAUCAGCUGCAUUAGUGCAAACUAAGUUAAAGAGGUUCUUCCGAAUUAGAAAAUAGGGUCUGUUUUAUCCGCACCAGAAACUGUGCCAUUCCUGUCUGUGGUUACAUCUGGUAUUGCAACUCAACCCCUAAAAUAUAUUUUUACACUAAUGCAGCUGCUGUUUCUGUUUUCACUUUUUAGUCAGUUUCUCUUUCGUCUCAUAGAUUAUGUAUUUGCAUCCACUUGCCAGUGUUUUCUGAUGCAUAUGGCAUGUGAUAAAGCAUGUGAUUAUCUCUCAUCAUGACCAUAUUGACUUACCAGUCUUGUGCCCUACACAUCUGAAUCUAUUGUUAUGUCCUUGCACCUCCCAGGUUAUGUUUCCAACUAUCCAUCUCCCCCAUCGUAUCCAUCUAACCCUCGUUUUGUCCCAGUCCCAGCCCUAAAGUUCUCUCACAUUGAUGAAGAUGAGGGACGUGAACUGAGGGUUGUAGUGAACACCAAUGAUCCUGACUAUGAGCAUAUAUACACAGUGGACGAUUAUAAGGAAGAUAUGGAUGAAGAUGGGACAGAAAGCACUCUCCUUUCAGAUGAUGUGACAGUCCCAACAGCAUCAGAGGUCAGCCUUCGAAAUAAGAGAGACACUUCACAAUAUGAUUUAUGCAGUCUCCCAAUGUUGGAAGGGGAAUGCACCAAAUACACAUUAAAAUGGUAUUAUAAUCAGCGGGUGAGAGAAUGUCGCCCAUUUGUGUACAGCGGCUGCGGUGGAAAUCUCAACAGGUUUGAUGAGAAGGAUCAAUGUGAGCUACAUUGUGUGCACAGAAAAGAAGAUAAACCUCAAGAAGACGGAAGCUAAGACAUUGUGAAAAUCUAGAAAAAUAUAUUGUAAUAUUUUUGUAAGAUUCACUAAAUCCGAGAAGAAAAAUCCUUGAAAGUCACAGGGUCCAAAUUAUGUUCCGCUGUCGUUACAUCUGGGAAAUAUUUGUAUUUUUUUUAUUGUUAAUGUAAUUAUGAUUCCGAUAUCUCAUAUUAUAUGGUGCAUAGAACUUUUCCGUAACAGAGAAUUGGUGCUAUAUUUUAUACUAUUUUUCUACCGAAAGGGAAAUUUUUAUCAAAUACCUUUAUAGAGGUUAUAGGUUACAUCAGAAUAAGAUCUUUAUUUGUCAUUAAAUAAAGGAAAGCUCUUCAGUAUAACCAGCUGUCAGAGGUUCCUUAUGAAAUAUCUGAAUAAAUAGAAGAAAGACACAGAACAGUAUGGUCUGGAUCCUUCCAAGCCUGCCAGCCCAUAUUGUACCCUCAGCUCCGUGGGCCUUGAGUUGUAGGUAGACCUGAGUAAGCUCAGACCAGUUGCUAUGGAUUUUAUAAGUUUAUUAUCUGCUUAGUGACACUUUGGAAAAAAUACA